AUGUCUGUUGUAGGAGGCGAAUCCAGUUUAACCUACUAUGAGAGUUUACAGACAUUCAUGUCUACGAAAUCACGUAUAGUAGUAUACAAUAAUAAGCAAAGGCUUAAAAAAGAUGAUGAUGAUUCGAUAAAGGUUAUAUCAAGGAUUGUAGAUGAUAAUAGAUCGUUAGAACAAAG